GAGGCGGCGCGACGCCUCAGUCGAACCGUGUGUGUGCGUCGCGACGCGUGCAUCUCGCGCGGGGUGAACCAUCAAGUAAUCACGCGCGCACCGAACAAAAACAAAAACAAUACCAACACAAAAUACAGAAAUAAAUGUGUGCUGUGUGAUUUUAUUUAAAAAAUAAAUAAAAAUUAAACACACAGUGAUCAAGAGAAUUCCACACGCCCGCUGGAUACGAAGGCGAUGGCAGUGCGCCGUCCACGGCGAGCGAAUAAUUUCGGCAGCGGCGUCAAGCCGCACGCAGAACCGGCGGCGACGGCGACGUGGCACCAGCCGCCGUCCGGGACGUUAAAAAUAAGCCUCGCAACUUAAGAUUUUUACCCGAAAACACACACACACAGAGAUAAAAAAACGCUUCAUAGAAUUAAUUAAUUAAUCAACUACUUAUCUAUUAUCUACUAUACUCACUCAAAUUAAUAUAAUUAUCGCGUUUGAAUGUUAAAACAAAACUUUUUUAUACACAGCUUUGCUACGGAGUAAAAAAUUAAAAAUAAAAGUAAAAAAAUAGUAAAUACCACCCUUAUAACUUAAAUAAAGUGCAGUAAAUCACAGGUUUGCCUUAUCAAGUCGCCUUAUUUUUUGUGACACCAAAAUGACCAACACUUGAAUGCAUAUCGCAUUAAAACAAAGAAAAAAAAAACAAAAAACAAAAAAUCGUUUCUCUUUUCUCUCACCACACACAUACACAUUAAAUUCGUAGAGCUUUCUAUCAUCAGCCUGUCAUAAAUAUAAAUCUAUAGCGUCCCUUAGCGAUAAUUAAACUCUAAAUUAAUCGGGCACUAAUUAGCGUGAUGGCAACGAGCAGAACGAAGCGUGUGAUAUUUUUUGCAUAAAUUGAUAGAAUUAAUAGAUUGACAUUUGUGUGACGUGAUAAGCACCUCUCGCUCAAGGACAAGCACGGAUAUUAAAGUUUUCGAGUGUGCGCGGCGAGUGGGAGACUCGUUGAAAUAUAUUUGAAUAGUUGAUGAGUUGCGUUUUGGUGUUCCUUGGUUAUUGAAAUAUUUCGCAAAGUGUUCAUAACUUUGACGACUUGACGACUUGACUUGACUGGAACGUGUUCAAAGUUUGCGGCGGGACAAGAUGGCGGCGGUGCGGUAGCGGUAUCCAAUGGUAACGCGUGACUGUGACUGUGACGUGUGUGCGGUUUGGGGUUUUGAGGUUAGGAAGACGCCAGACGCAGUAUGCCGGUGCGUCGGGGCCUCGUUGCGCCCAGGACAACGCUCAUCGAGACAAUCAUACGCAAGUUUGACACUGACAAUCGUUCAUUUCUGGUCGCAAACAGCCGCCAAGGACAAUGCCACAUCAUCUACUGUUCGGACGGCUUCUGCCGCCUCACAGGAUACUCGCGCGCCGAGGUGAUGCAACGUCCCGCCUCCUGCGAGUUCCUCUGCGGGCCGCUCACCUCCCAACAAAGCGUCGCCGGCCUCCGCGAAGCCCUCAACGAGGGCGUCGAAAAGCACGCCGAGAUACUCUACUAUCGAAAAGACGGUUCCAAGUUCCUAUGUUCUGAAGUGAUAGCACCUAUCAGAAGCGAAGUUGACGACAUCAGUUUAAUCAUCAUCAAUUUUGAAGACCUUACCGCUCAACCAGCGCCAUCUCUGGAGAGUAGUCCUGUUGGGAAGACACGGUUGAGUAAAUUUGAUCGAGCGAGAGCCUCAUUCCGACAAAGUCUCCGCCUCGGUUCAAACCUGCGUGGGCGGGGCUUACGCCUCGCCGGAUACCUAACGCCACCUAGCGAUGUCACCGCCGCUGAAGAAGAAGCUGACACUUUGGAACAAUGUCCGUUAACAUCGAAUUCACCAACGCCGAUCUUGGAGCAAACGUGGGUGUCCAAAUCGGACGCGCCCACAACAACGCAAGCGACGCACACGAUGGCGCUGCCGUCGGGGGCGUGCGGUGGGCGCGACUACAACGCCCUCACCAUCUCGCACAGUGCGCCCGCCAGCCACCAGGCGUCGUUCGAACGCGGUGAGAGCGUGGAGCGUGCGCGCGGCUCGCAGCAUCCGCAUCAGCAGCCCAUGGGCACGCCUUCGGCGCAAAGACACGCCGCCCCCGUUACGCCCAGUCGGGUGGCGCAUGCCACCAGUCUGGAUGCUAUCGCGCGCAGGCAAUGCUUCAAAACGGGCGGGUAUCCUACUAUUGCCGUUCCGAGCAAGCCUUAUCUGUCGAAGCAAUUCCCGAACGUAUCGUCUGAAAGUGACCUACAGAGAUACAAGACUGCCUUCACGUCCUACGACAGGAAGAGUCCGAGCCUCAGCAAUCCGACCACGGACUCACUCAAACAGAAGUUCUCGGUGCAGGAUAAUGGGUCGGCAAAGUAUUUCCAGAGUGGGUUACACACCCCCAAGAUGGGCGAAAAAGUAGCGCAGGUCCUCAACUUGGGCGCUGAUGUCCUCCCGGAGUACAAACUGCAGACGCCGUCGAUACACAGCUUCACGAUACUGCACUAUUCGCCUUUCAAGGCCGCCUGGGACUGGCUCAUCCUGCUGCUGGUAAUGUACACGGCCAUCUUCACGCCGUACACAGCCGCCUUUCAGGACUUUGUCGCCAAGAGCAACAAGGCCUACGGCGAGGAUCCGUUCGAACUCAUCGAUCUGAUAGUGGAUGUAACAUUUAUCGUGGACAUACUGAUCAAUUUCCGUACGACAUACGUGAGCGGCACCGACGAAGUCGUCUCACAUCCGGUGCGAAUCGCCGUCCAUUACCUCAAGGGAUGGUUCCUCAUCGACUUGGUCGCUGCCAUCCCCUUUGACCUGCUAAUCUACAGCAGCGAUACGGACGAGUUGGGCUUGGACAAAGACGAGACUACUACGCUGAUUGGCCUGUUGAAAACCGCUCGUCUGCUGCGAUUGGUGCGCGUGGCUAGAAAAAUCGAUCGGUAUUCUGAAUAUGGCGCUGCUGUUUUGUUAUUGUUGAUGGCCACGUUUGCACUGAUUGCUCAUUGGCUUGCUUGUAUAUGGUAUGCAAUUGGUAAUGCACAGCGACCAUUUUUGAAAAUUGGCUGGUUGGACAUUUUAGCCAAUGAUACACAACAGUACUUUAUGGCGAAUAAUACAGGAGGUCCUAGUAUAAAAAGCAGAUAUAUUACAGCGCUCUACUUUACCUUUACUUCUUUGACGAGUGUUGGGUUUGGUAAUGUUGCACCCAACACUGAUUCGGAGAAGAUAUUCACGAUUUGUGUCAUGCUAGUUGGAUCUCUAAUGUACGCCAGUAUAUUCGGUAACGUUUCCGCCAUAAUUCAACGCUUAUACUCUGGCACAGCCCGCUAUCACACGCAAAUGCUGCGCGUGCGCGAAUUCAUCCGUUUCCACCAAAUCCCCAACCCGCUACGCCAACGCCUCGAAGAAUACUUCCAGCACGCAUGGACGUACACCAACGGUAUCGACAUGAACAGCGUGCUCAAAGGCUUCCCCGAAUGCCUGCAAGCAGACAUCUGCCUCCAUCUCAACCGCAACCUUCUACAAAACUGCUCCGUCUUCGACGGCGCCAGCCCAGGCUGUCUGCGUGCGCUCACGCUCAAGUUCAAAACCACUCACGCACCACCGGGUGAUACACUUGUCCAUCGCGGUGAUGUCAUCACUUCACUCUACUUCAUCUCACGAGGAUCCAUUGAAAUCCUGCGUGAUGAUAUCGUCAUGGCUAUUUUGGGAAAGUUUGAUAUUUUUGGAGAGAAUCCAUGCGCGAGUCUUACACUGGGUAAAUCUAGUUGUAAUGUGAGGGCGUUGACGUACUGUGAUCUGCAUAAGAUACAUCGUGAUGAUUUGUUGGAUGUGUUGGAGUUGUAUCCGGAGUUCUAUACGCAUUUUAUGCACAAUUUGGAGAUUACGUUCAAUUUGCGUGAUGAUGAGCAGGCGGGAGUUGUGCCUAAGGCGCGAUUCUUCACCAGGACAAAUUCGGCUGAUAGGGAGAGGGCGUCGUAUGUUAUGAGGAAUAAUAAUUUCCAGACAAGGUCAAAUGGGCAUUCAAGUCGGGGAAAUUCUGUUAAUGGCGGCAGGCAGGAAUCACAAUGUAGUGAGGAGUCAGAAUCCGGACAUGGGAUUCUAGAGUUUUCAACAGAAAAAGCCGGUCAGGACGUCACCCCUAUAAACCUAGACUUUGGCGAAGAAAAAAGACGCUCCACUACAUUGAAUUCCAUAACUGGCAUGCUUUCACAACUCAAACGCAGCAUCCCAGACUUACGGUUACACAAAACGCAUCAGCCGCUCAUCGCGCAAUCAACGCCGCCAUCACAACAUCGCAUCAAAACCAUCCGCCGACAGUCGUCGAUCGGCGCGUACCACCACGAGCCAACACCCGCCCCCGUCCAACAAGCGCAUGCCGCAUCACAGCCGCCGCCAUCAACACAUCCGGCGCCCUUGUCGAGCAGUACUAGUUACUACACAAACAGUCCUAGUCCACCGCAAGGGGAGCCAAUCAUGUUCACCGCUGGUAUUGCACCACAAUCGGGCGAUGAUUAUGUCAUGGUGACGAGUUGUUUGGGCGGUGGUGGGGCGCAUGAGGCGCAUACACAUUCCAGCGACAUUGUGGUUUUAAGCCGGGCGCAGUAUGAUGUGAUGAAUGGGCGGCUUGAGACGCUCAUGCGCAAAGUGGACGGGUUGGAGCGUGGCCUUGCGCAGGAUGUGCGCACUAUUCUCGGGUAUAUGCAGCAGAGGGAUGCGUCGACUUUUUCGAGGGAUAGUAACAAACUAGAGGUGCCUGAUUAUGAGAACGUGACGAUAGAUGCGACGCGCACGCGCUUUACGUUCCAGCGGUCUGUUAGCGAGCCGAAACCGAUCUCGUCCAAGGCGCAGCAACAACAGACCGCACAACAAUCACAACCAUUACAUAGAUUUGCAUCGUUUAAUAGAGCAUUCGACAUCGAGCGUGCCUCAUCCGAGACGUCCGGAUGGACGGAGACACAAUUCCGCGACAAGCCACCGCCGCCACCGCUCGCACCAACCGCCGUGUCGCUGCCGCCGCCCGCCGAAGAAGAGAAAACCGCGCCGAUCGCCAAGCUCGAAUCGCUCGACGAGCUCGACCUUGUCGGCGUCUCAACGCCGCCCGACGCCCCCGACGCGUAACCAAAACAACAACAAUUCAGUAUUCUGAAUGCCCGCAUAAAUCGCAUAUAAAUAUAAACUUGUAAAAACAUAGCUGAAGAAAAACUUAUGCGUAUACAUUGAUAUUUAGCCUUUGACAGCAGUCAAAAGCUUUGCAAAUCAAACCAAAAAGAAGACAAGAAGAAAAAAAACUUAACGAUAAAAGCUUUUUCACUUAGAAAUUAAAAAAACUUGAGAAAAAAACGAAAAAAGAAAAUAUUGUUAAAACGUCCGCCUGUUUAUUUUGUAAAGUUGUUGAGAAUUUGUUGAGUUAGUAACGAAUGAGUUUAGAAGAAUCAAUUUUGCGAAUCGUGGACCCUUCGAUGAGACUUAAAUUAAACGCGCAUAUCAAAGGCAAUUUACUUAAACGAUUAAGCUGAACAAUAUGAGGAAUAAUUCACACUGAGAUUCUUUGACUUACGAAUACAUACUUCAGUUGUUCGAUUGCUGCACAGAAUGUUGUUUCACUUGAGCAUUGAAAAAAAAAUCUUUUUCGCCUGUGGUGCACGCAAUUUCUUCGUUUUCGUUUCCCUAGCGUUAAGAAGACAACAUUAAGAAAAACACUUUUGACACUAAUAAUUACUAAGAGCUUUCACUUUCAUUACGAGUACGACUACGACGACAUUGUUGACAUUGAAUUCAAGGUUUGUUUAUAAAUACACCCUGGAGAUUAUUUCGAUAAUAUUCGAUUGUAGCGAUAAUAGUUUAGGUGUUUAAGUUGUAGGUUUUAAGAGAGAUUAGUUGAUUCGUUGACGACUCUUUGACGAGCUGUGUUCGGUUUUUAUUCGUUGUGAUUCGUUGCGAGGUGGUUGACACGGAUUUAUAAAUAUUUAUUAUAUAUAUAUUAUAUAUUGUAAUAUUAUAUUAUUAUUAAUAACGAAAUACCAAAACGAUACCAGAAACAAAUAUUAUUAAUAAAGCAAAUGAGAACUGUUAAGCUUGAUUCAGGAUGAUGAGGCGCAAUAAAAGUGAUACCAUGAUUACAAUUGA